ACUUCAGUUGAGUCACUGAGUGUCCCUGUGACUUUGCCCUCUGGCCCAGGAAGGGCUCUUUUGUCCAUCAGGAGCCACAGGCCAGGGCCACCGGCCUGGGAGCUUUCACACUUCAGCCCAGAAUAGGAAUGAAUUGUUCCAGAGAAAAUCAAGCUUUAGCAAAAGGGUACAACACAUAACAUUAUGUCCACUUCAUUGUUAAAUGCAGUAUUCCUAAAAAUAUCAUGAUAUUUUACCAGAAUUGGGGGUUUACAUUUUCUCUCUCUGCAAGACUGCCCAAGAAUACAUGAUCAAUAUCAAGAAAUCAAAGGCAGUUGUGAAUUAAAUGUAUGACUUGUAGCCAAAUCAUCCCAAAAGCAAAAUUAUAAAAAUAAUUUCAAAAACUCCCAGCAUAAAAUUAUAGGUAAUGUGGGUGCAUUUUAGUAUAUAAGAUAUAGUGGGAAACCUCUAAAUAGAAGAGGAUCAGGGCCUAUGAAUGACCCCGAACUAAAGAGGAUCUUGUUUAAGACAGUUAUUUCCAGAGAAGAGACUAAAUAAAUAAAUAAAUAAAACUGUGGAUUUGGGUUGUCAAUCCUCAAUCAGUGAUAUUUAAGAGACACUUCUGAACCCCUGCUCCAAACGCCCAGCCACAAAAUGCUCCCAUCUCUGUCAUCCCAAGCCCGUUGCCAGGGACACAGGGACGGGCUCGGGUCCACACCCAGGGCCAUUCGCCCACACCUGAGUUCCUUCGCUGUGUCUUUUUCUAAGCAUCAACCAGAGCCACACAGAUUGAGGAGCUGCGGAAGGAACUCAGGAGCCGAGUUGCUGCCCUUAGAGCAUCCGUGAGGGAACUGAUGAGGAAGGGACAGAUGUGUGUGACAAGUUAGUUGUGGUUCUCAGCCAUUCUGGAUCCCAGCACGGUCCGCAGCACACUGGAAGUAGCUGGAGGCGUCCCAGCAUGGCCCAGUUCCCUCGGCCAGCCUUGUGCGCAGUCCUAACUUUCAGAAUAACAAUCCCAGCCCCACUGGGUUCUCAAGUCAUACUUGAACGUCCCCCCAAAGCCACCUUCUUCAUGACGUCUCUCAUCUCAAACUAAUAGCAACCGGUUCCUUUUUCCACCUGUGCCCAGGACCCACCCAGCUCACACUCCCCACGACAGACAUCACCCAACCACCCAUAUCUGCAACUGUAGCCAAAAAACAGUUGCACGUUGAUCAAAACUCACUGGCAUGCGCCCAGAGCCCCCAGCAGCCUGCAGGGUGAGAAAUUCUGCGUUGCUCAAUAGAACAAAAAUCCAAAGCCGCGUGGAGACAACGGCUGGGUGACCGGCUCAGAGCAGGCUGGCGGCCGGCAGGGCAGCGGGAGGGGAUCCGUGGGGGUCAUCAGCAGGAAUCGGGCGGUCUGCUGGGGGGUCACGAACAAGGAUGUGGAGAAACGAGGACACAGAGAGUGGGCCGGCGGGCCGGGCUGGACCGUAGAUGGCCUUCAACCCCCGGCUGGGCAGUCCAGGCUUUGUCCUGUCAGUCCAGGAGAGUCACCAGAGGGUGUUUCAGGGAGGACAUGAUGAUGCUCACAUAUAUCAGGCAUGUUUCCAAAGUGCAGAGAUGACAUUUCUGGUUGGUCCUGAAUGUCUGCCUUGGCCCAGAGGCCUUAUCCUGUGCAUGGGGCAGUUGGAUGGUUAACUCCUCCAACCAAAUGACACGUGUGCCCACGCAGGCCCUUCCCAAAGGACCCAGUAACUGUCUAGUCACUAUCUUCUCAAGGGCCCUGGCCUUGAAGCUUCCAGUCGGUGGAAGAGGGAAGACCGGAGGGCAGCAGCAUCCCUGGGGAGUCCGUGGGUCACGCCGCCCGGUGCCCAGCCAGUUCCCAGAGCAGCCGGGGACCUGGUGAGGCGGCUGGGUGGUCAGGACCUCUGCAUGACUCCUGCGGGCGGCUGAGCGAGGGGCAACCGCCAGCAAGGUCAUGGGCAGCGCGGCCGUGCAGCUGCUGGGCUUCCUGCUCAGCUUCCUGGGCCUGGUCGGCACGCUCAUCACCACCAUCCUGCCGCACUGGCGCCGGACGGCGCACGUGGGCACCAACAUCCUGACGGCCGUGUCCUACCUGAAGGGGCUGUGGAUGGAGUGCGUGUGGCACAGCACGGGCAUCUACCAGUGCCAGAUCUACCGCUCGCUGCUGGCGCUGCCCCGCGACCUGCAGGCGGCCCGCGCGCUCAUGGUCAUCUCCUGCCUGCUGUCGGGCGUGGCCUGCGCCUGCGCCGUGGUCGGCAUGAAGUGCACGCGCUGCGCCAAGGGCACGCCUGCCAAGCCCGCGUUCGCCGUGCUGGGCGGCGUGCUCUUCCUCCUGGCCGGCCUGCUCUGCAUGGUCGCCGUGUCCUGGACCACCCACGACGUGGUGCAGAACUUCUACAACCCGCUGCUGCCCAGCGGCAUGAAGUUCGAGAUCGGGCAGGCCCUGUACCUCGGCUUCAUCUCCUCGUCCCUGUCGCUCAUCGGCGGCACGCUGCUCUGCCUGUCCUGCCAGGACGAGGCGCCCUCCAGGCCCUACCAGGCUCAGCCCCGGGCCGGCACGGCCACCGCGCCCGCCUACCGGCCACCCGACGCCUACAAGGACAAUCGGGCCCCCUCGGCCACCUCGGCCUGGCACAGCGGGUACAGGCUGAACGACUAUGUGUGAGUCCCCACGGCCUGGCCCUCCCCAGGCCCCCGAGAGGCGCCCGGGACCCAGACUGCCGACCGCUUCAAGGUCCGGGCACCAAGUUUACUUCUGGGCUGCUUUGGUGUCCAAAGGAAUAAUGUGAACCUGAGGAAAAUGGGCUUAGGAUGCAGGGAAGGCGGGGAAAUAAGAUGAGGAGAAAAGCUCUACAUACCAAAGACUAAAAAAAAAAAAAAAAUCCUGUUUUUGUAUUUAUUAUAUGUAUUUAUGUGGGUGAUUUAAUGACAGCUGAAUAAAAAGCAACUUGGGAGUUUGGUCAGUGGGGUUUGUUUGCAAGCCAGGAAUAAACCUUUUGGAUGCGGUUGUCUCUGAAACUGACAAUAUCCGUGUCUGUUUGCAGACCCUGAUUCUGUCUGCGAAGAUGCUGGUAGCCAUAGUCAGCAGGCCUCCGGGCUCUGCCCACACGGGACAGGAGAAUCACAGGAGGGCUGGGCUGAUGUUCAUCCGAAAGGCGCCUGAGCGGCAUCACCAAAAACGGUCGCCCUGUCCUGGCCCGAUCUCAGAGGCAAGGCAGGAGGUGCAGGGCUUCCUUGAAAGAAAGAUAAUUGCCGUAAACCACAAAAGAAGGACAAUGUCAUUUUCUACCGGGAAGCAGUCGGCCCGCACUAGUAAGGCAGCAAAAGUCAGAAGGAAAAAAAAGGCAAAGUGAAACACGCCUGUUCACUUGGCUUUCCAGGCAUUGGCAAGAGGCCCAGUUAGGAAGGCUGCUCACCCCAAGCACAGAAUGUCACUGGCGUCUUUCCUGGGAACAGAAGUAUGAUGGCAGCUGACAUCAGAGCAGGUACAAGGGCUGCUGACUGCUUUUUUAGCUGGAAAGAACUGCUGCGAGGGCCAGGUGAGGCCUGACCUCUUUAAGGACACUGAAUUUGCUUUCGGGGCUGUGAUCUAAAUCACACACACACACACACACACACACACACACGCACACACGCUGCUCCCCCGUUAGCCCAGGGAGACUGCUCAUGCCUCUGCCCCAGCCUCAAGCUGUGAACACGGAAGGAAAUAGCCUGCCGUGUGGAAGGGCUGAGUCUGAGGUCUGUUACGUGAAGCCCCACCAUCCUCAAGGGGUCUUAGAAUAGGGCCACCAGGGCUCCAUCCGUCACUGUCCGCAGGGAAGCGAGCCACAGAGGGUCAGCCACACGUGGCUGGGCUUACUGGCGUGGCGUGGCGUGGCCUGGUGAGACUCUGGCCCCAGGAUCAGGGAGGUAGAAGGGGAGGCUCCCGGGCAAGGAUUAGGAGGCCAGACGGACCUCAGCCCUGCAACUCUGGAUCCAGCAAGGCUGGAAGUUGCUCGAUGCUCCCCUGACUUCAUGCCUCCUCCUGACCGGGUCCUCCGGGCCACCGAGAUGGUGACAAGAAGCCCAGCUGCCACGUGCUUCCCAUGUAGGCAGAGGCUCUCACCAGUAAUGUCCAUACACCCCACGAUCCUCUUCUGAUUCCUUUAAGCCUCACCAGUUACACCUAAUAAACUGCACCAUUGAUGAGAUCUAGCAACAGGAGACUCUUCUAUCAACAUUGAAAAGUCAGGGUUUAAGGAACAAUCCUACACAUACAUAUUUCUUUUCUAUUUUGUGCUGACCUCUAGACCGCAAGCAACAGGGGCCGCUUCUGUUUGGAAGGAGGGGGUACCACACAUUUUAGCCUCUAUCUAGCCCCGCAGAAGCUAAGAGGGCUGGGAUGUGCCAUCCUAUUUAGGUCAGGGAUUUAGAUCAGAAAGGUCAUCAUUUAUUUAUGAUGAAACAAGCAAUUUUAACCUACUCUUUAAAUUAUAAAAACAAAUCUGAAUCUAUAAAGAAGAGAAACAAAAUCUUCUUAAGACGAAAUGAUAUUCUGUCAGUCCUUACUUG